UCAGUUUACUCUAUUAACCAACGAGGAAAUAAAUAAAAAAAAUUCACGAAAAAGUCCUAUUACCACUCUGGGCUCCUCCUCCUUCCAACACCGCAGCACAUCUUCACUGCCCAUCGCCCUUCUCCACCUCCAGCAUCAACUCUCUCUUUCUCUCUCCUACCUCCACCAACAAUGGCGACAUUAGCUCGACUCUCAAGAAAAGCCCUAAAAAUCACACCAACACUUUCUCUCUCCUCCCACCAUCACCUCCGCUCUCUCUCCUCCGCCGCAGCAGCCGUGCAGCAACACCAGCAAUCACCGCCGCCUACGAAGAGAGAGAUUGUCGAAUCGCCAGAUCGAGUGAAAUGGGACUACAGAGGACAGAGAAUGAUCAUUCCUUUGGGUCAAUGGAACCCUAAGAUCGCCGUCGAUGCGUAUGUUGCUCCCAAUGUUGUUCUUGCUGGUCAGGUUUUUGUUUGGGACGGUUCUUCCGUUUGGAAUGGCUCUGUUCUUCGGGGCGAUCAGAACAAAAUUAGUGUUGGAUUUUGCUCUAAUGUUCAGGAGAAGUGUGUCCUUCACGCCGCCUGGUCUUCUCCUACAGGUCUACCGGCUGAGACAUCCAUUGAUAGAUUUGUUAGUGUUGGUGCAUACUGUCUGUUGAGAUCUUGCACAAUUGAGCCAGAAUGCAUCAUAGGACAGCACUCGAUUCUGAUGGAAGGUUCUUUGGUGGAGACUCAUUCUAUCCUUGAAGCUGGUUCUGUUGUUCCUCCAGGAAGAAGGAUUCCUACUGGUGAGCUUUGGGCUGGUAAUCCUGCCAGAUUUGUGAGAAACUUGACUCAUGAAGAAAUACUUGAGAUCCCUAAGCUCGCUGUUGCCAUUAAUGACCUGAGCAAAAACUACUUCCAUGAGUUCCUCCCAUAUUCUACCGUAUAUUUGGAGGUUGAGAAGCUUAAGAAGGAGUUGGGGAUUAAUAUUUGAAUUAUUUUUGCUUAGGAGUUUUUCAUGUUUAAUUGUAUCAAUCAACUAAACAUCCUCUCUGAAAUAAGCAGCGUCAUGACUCGGGUUACAUGAUUUUGGAGUUCUUCUGUAUUUUUUGUUGACCUCUGUACGAAGUGUGGAAGUUCCAGUGAAGUCCCAAAACGUAUAAUACAGAUGAAACAUGGAUCUUGCCAUGUAGUAAUUUGUAGUGUUUUUUGCAUCAAUAUUUUUGGGCGAUAAUUUUAAUUAGAUUUUUAUUUGUGAAGCAUGUUGCUAUAGAAGAUCCAAUUUAGUGGCUGAA